UCAGUGUGGUCUAGGCUGCUAGACUACAAUGUGUAAGAAAUGUAAAAGCGUGCAGGCUGGCCCACUUCCUCCGACAGAGCGAUGCGUCAUAGACUGCACUUGUCCGAAGGAAUUGCAGUUUCCCUGAUGGCGUCUUCUACGCGGCCAAGAAGAACUUCCCACGUCAUUUUACCUGUAGGCCUAAGCUCUUCGAGUGAAGCUAACAUAGAUGGUCGAAAAUCAAGGGAUGAUGCCCAUAAUAAAAACACAUCAGGCUACUACAAAAAAUAAAUGUUGCAACUCGCUUUACAGCGUUGACUGAAACUUGGACGAUGGAUAAAGUUUCGUUGCAUCUCAGGUGUUAACUUUGGCAUUCACGCUUUUGUAGUUCCGGGUGUGUGAGUGUGGGGGAAAGGUGUGUUCCCUGGCUGGAUGUCGGCUACAUUAGGAAAUAUGGGCGACUCAAUGGAAUUACGACCCUUGGAAAACAAUAAUAUCUCCGCUGAAACAGUUGACAAGAUACAGGUAGCAUCAGGGAAUGGAGGCUUCCUUCCAAACACACCUGCUGCAGUAUCAGAGACAAGCUCUCUGCUUGAUAUAGAGGAGGACGAGGGCAACAAUGUGGAUGGAGCUAGUCCAGUGGAGGACAACUCUGUCCGUGUUGCAGUUCCGGAGGUUACAAAGGCUCAGUCUGCUGUGAAGCGAGUAAAGAAGGAGCUGAAUAAUCCGGUGUGCGGGCUCAAAUUGUGGCUAGUCCUCAUCAUACUCCUGCUUGUCAUUGUCCUUGUGAUAAUCCUCUCCAUCGGGCUCAACAUAGUGCUUUACAAGGAUCUAGAUGAGAAGUAUGAUGUCAGCUCUUUUGUGGUGCCGCGAAUCUUCAACGGAAAUUUGAGUGUCAACCAGACCUUCUCCAGGAACACCACUGCCCUGCAUGACCUUGCCACACAAUUGCAAGACAAGAUAAAUGCUUUUUACCACUCCUCCGAUGCCCUUGCGAUACUUCAGACACGCAAGGAUCAAAACAUUAAGGAAUGGCAGCGUGAUCGUUGACUUCUGCUUGGCCUUCCACAUGCCUCUGGACUCUGACCAGCUGCAGCGCUACACCCUGAGCCAGGAGAUGGUCUCCAGUGUGCUGCG